AUGGCUCCGGCGCCAGAGCUCCUCAACCAGACCAGUGCGGUGAGCCACUUCGUCCUGGCGGGGCUGCUGCACACAGCCGAGCACCCCGCCUUCUUCUUCCUCCUCUUCCUCCUCGUCUACGGCACCACCGCGGCCGGCAACCUGCUCAUCCUGGUGGCCGUGGGCUGCGCGCCGCGCCUCGGCUCCCCCAUGUACCACUUCCUGGGCCACCUGUCCUUCCUGGACGCCUGCUUGUCCACCGUGACAGUGCCCAAGGUCCUGGCGGGCCUGCUGGCCGCGGAGGGCAGGCUCAUCUCCCUGCCGGGCUGCGCAGCGCAACUCUACUGCUUCCACCUCCUGGCCAGCACCGAGUGCUUCCUCUACACGGUCAUGGCCUACGACCGCUACCUGGCCAUCUGCCGGCCCCUGCACUACCCGGCGGCCAUGAGCAGGCCGGUGUGCGCGGGGCUGGCGGGCGGCACCUGGGCCGUGGGCGCCCUGCACUCGGCCCUGCACACGGCCCUCACCUUCCGCCUGCCCUACUGCGGGCCCCGCCACGUGGCCUACUUCUUCUGCGACAUCCCGCCGGUGCUGGCGCUGGCCUGCGCGGACACCUCGGCCAACGAGCUGGCCAUGCUGGUGGACAUCGGCGUGGUGGCCGCGGGGUGCCUGGCCCUCAUCGUCGCCUCCUACAGCCUCAUCGUGGCGGCCGUGCUGCGCAUCCGCACGGCCGAGGGCCGGCGCCGGGCCUUCUCCACCUGCACGGCCCACCUCACCGUGGUCCUCCUGUACUACACGCCGCCCGUGUGCAUCUACCUGCAGCCCGGCGCCGCCGGGGCGGGCGCGGGCGCCCCAGCCGUCUUCUACACCAUCAUCACCCCCGUGCUCAACCCGUUCAUCUACACACUGCGCAACACGGAGAUGAAGCGGGCUCUGCGGGGGCUGCUGUGCCGAGACUCCUGA